AUUCUUAUCUUGCAUUUCUUAUCCAGCUCCACAGUGCAACCUUUUCGACCUUGUUGGCCGGAAGUAAUAAGGUAAUUAGGAUUCAUGGCCUGGCAGAGCAUAUCCAUGUGCCCUCCAAGGGGUUCAAAGUGCCCUUUUUGGGUCUUGGCUGAGAUGGAACUCGAUAUGUGACGAAGAGAUGGAUGUCAAAGAUCAAGCCAAGCAGUAAUAGCGUUUGUAUAUGGCUUGACUAGAGUUGCGUAACUAUUCAGCUGUUCAAGUGCCGCGCUUGCCGAUCUCCCUGGAACCGGAAUUGUCAUGCUGGACCUCUUCUGAAAGAAAACCCCAGUCUGUAAGAAGAGAUUCUUAGUUAAUGGGCGUUGCUUCAUCUGUUCGGUAGGAAGCGAGGAAGCUAGGACUGAUUGAGAGACUAACUUCAGCUUCGAUUCCGCAUACCACGCUUCGAAGUCGUUAACACAAUAUGAAUUUUACACCAGGAAGUUUGAGAAAGAGAAAGAGCGAGGGGCUGUAUAUUAAUAGAUUUUGCAGUUCCCAGCGUUUCAUCAUUCGGAAGGGAGGGUCCUGAAACUGGCCCCUCGAGGCGGUGCUCUUCCGGAGUUGAAGGCCCUUGGGGUAUAAGUUCUCUGAAGCACUUAUGGCAGAAACUAACAAUCUAACUAUGCCUUCUCAAAAGCCCAGUCUUCGUAAAAGAUUGAAUAAAAAGAAGAAAAGACGAUUUGGUCCUCUGAGGGGCAAAUGCCGAGAGUACGCAGAGCUUCCCGGAGUUGAGUUAGCGCUCUUCAUUGCCUUCGAGAAAAUGGACAGGAACAACAAAAUAAGAAAAGAAUUUUACUCACUACGAUCCAAGCGUAAUUUACCCUGGUUAGAAAAUAUAGAUGGCAUUCUAUUGGAUAACAUGAACAAGAACGAGUUGCUGGAUGAGAUGGGUAGCGAUAUUGAGAUGCCUUGCGGAGAACAAGAUGAUGAAAUUGGUGGGGAUACCAUUGUUGUCGGUGGUCGACACCAGGAGGGGCUGAAUGCGCUGGGUUCUCCUCGCACUGGACCCGUAUUUCCGCCUCUACCUGACCUUGAUCUCGACUUGAUUUGUGAUAUCAUGUCAUUCUAACUUAUUAGUUACGGGAAGACUAAAGUCAAUACAUGUGAUUCUUU